GAUUCUGUCACUGCACUUAAUCUUAGGAUCGAAAGACAAGAUUUAUCUAAACAUGCAGGCAAUUUGUGGAAGCAACUUAAGUCUAUAGACCUACAACUAAUCGAAGAGUUUAAACGGGUGGCCCGUCUUGCCGCGCAAAAUUUUUAUUCUGAGAUAAGAAUAAUAAACGUAAAUGUAAAUAUCUCUGUUGCCGUUCGUAAGCAGAUAAUCAACACGAACAUCGAUGACAAUGAAGGCCUUCAAGAGCUCUUACAGGACCUUUUCGCUGAGAUCCUUCCUCUUCCUCUUUUACAUGAAUAA